AUGAAUAAUAAAAUUCAUUAAUCGAAAAAGAAUUAGAAUUUUUAAAAAAAUUGUCAUAAUAUUUCUUUAGAUUUGCUUCUACAAAUGCAAUAUUAGGAAUUUAUUAUCUACUAUCUCUAAUUUUCGUAGGAAUUAUUUUAAUUCAGAAUGAUGAUGUUUUAGGCUUAAUAUUAUUGAUUUUUAGGUAAUUAGGCUAUUUAAUUAGUUAUUCUUUAUGGGAAAUUUCAUUUUAGAUAGCUAUCAAAACAUUCAAAAAUUAACAGCCAUAUUAAUCAACAAUUUCAUUUUUUGUUGGUAUAUUUGACUGUUAUGUAUAAUUCUUGAUAUAUUCUGCAAUUAAAGAAGCAAGAGUUUUUUAUGUUUUUUUCAUUACAAAGCUUUUGGGUUGCAACAGUAGUUUUUUUGAUCACAUUAUUUUUCUACAAUAUAAUGAUUUUAAUAAAGUAUUAAACACUUGA